CACAACUUUUGCAGUAUGGCGCUAUCCGGGUAGAGCUUUGAUAAUAAGUGUUUUCGCCAACUAACGUAUGCCCCACCACCAGCGCCGGCUUCUUAUCGAAUGCGUCAGCAUCUCGCCCUAAGAAAAACUUACCACUAUGCUAAGUUCCACGAAAAAUCUCACCAGACUAAGGCCUCGUGGGAAGGGUUCUUGCUGUAGCCCGCUCAGAUGGGCCAAUCAGGCGGCCGCCUACAAAUGGAUGGCGUACAAUAAGCCACUGCCCAAGGGACAAAAGCAGAAACCGGCCAUUGGAGACUACGCGUUUAACGUCUCGGCGUAUGGGUAUGACCAUGGGAUCAAAGACCGCAAACCGUACCAGGUCAUCCGUGUCUCCGGUGUCAGCAGUGCACCUCUCACCAGCAUCCAGAACACGGUAGCGGCAACUGAAUAUGUUUCAAAAGAAGAAGUAGACCUCUCAGCUGGCUCAGAAGGUGCUCUUGCUGUCGUAGUUGGAAUGGUUCCGCGAGGCUUCAACCAGUACACAACCGAGGAGAUAAACAAGCGCAUCGACCAGUAUGGACCAAAUGAGCUGGACAAGAAACAUGCCCCCAAAGGCAGCACUAUCGCGGACCUCACUACCUUCCCCUUGAUUGAGACUGACCCCCAAGCCCUUCGGGUCGUUGUCCCACUGAGGAAUUGCCCAUUUACCAUGGCCUAUGCUCUGGUGAACCCGGUGAACGGGUUGUGUCAAGGCUACAAAAUCUCAAAAAGAGACAUCUUUUUCUUCAAGGAGUUUAGGGACGACAUGCUCAAUUCGAUAAAGAAGCGCAAAAUUCUCUGGGUGCAUUGCGUAAGAGACUACAUCAAGGAGAAGUUGAAAGAAGACGGGAAUGACACUGAGACGGCUCUACGUCACCUGAUCGACCCGCAUAAACCUUUUAAUGGAGAAGAUGCUGACGCUGUUAUGAAAGAAUGCUUGGGCCUCUGGCCAGCCUUACGCGUGCUCGACAUCAAGAACGACGAAGUGAUGGCACUAGCAACCGCGAUUCGCGAGGAAGACGCAACAAUCCCUUUCAAGCUCCUGCGCCCGCUGCUCGUUCAGUGGGUAUACUGCUUGCGCGCUGCAACGGAUACCUCCGUUGUCUCUGUGGUUGCGGUAAAACUCCAUGUCUCUCUGCAAUUUGGCGAAGACUUGUCCCGCGCACCGUUAACGGAGCACGCCUUGGAACUCGACGCGGAACACGUCGAAGAGGACCCCAUGGAGAACGACACCGAAAUUCGUGCGAUUGACGCAUCCAUGAGGCUGGAUAUGGGCGCUGGGAGAGCACCAGUGGAGCUUGCUGCAUAAUCCGAGGAGGAACGCACCGAGAGCCUCGAAGAGGAGGACCCCGAAAGCCGCGCAACUGACAGACACGCCGAUGGAACUGGAUACGGUUGCUGGAACGAAGGCAAUCACGGCGAAAGCAAUGAUACCAAAGUCGAUGAAAAAGUUCGGGUUGAUUGCGGUUAUUUUGGAGAGAUUGCGGCUUGGUUUGGCAUAUGGUCUGACUGCUUUUCUCGCGGAUGUUAGACUUUUCCCUAGGAUGGGUUGGAUCACUCUAUAGAGGUUGGUUGCGGUUAUUUUGAGGGUUUUUUGGGUUUAAUUUGGAUGGGCAUGAGCGCGAUGGUUCGGCACAGCAUCAAAAUGCCUUUCCGCAGAUACCGGCCGUAUUUCUAGGACGGGUUGAAUCACUCCCGAGGGGGUUGACUAUAAUUAUUUCGAGAGCGGAAAGACGGCUGUAGACGCUGGUGGAGCAUAUACCUUGCAACAGCGUUAAGGUGUGUUUUGUGCAGAUG